GGAGCCCCGCCCGGGACGCGCGCGGGGCUGGGCCUUCAGGUGGCCCGCCCCACCGCCACUGGUUCACCAGGGGCGGCCGCGAGGGGCCCUGGGCUUCCUUUCCCGGCUCAGGCCUGCCCCUCCCCCCCGUGCUUUGCAGACGCGGCCCGCGGCCCCCGGCGGCUUAUGCGUGUGGGCCUCGCGCUGAUCCUGGUGGGCCACGUGAACCUGCUCUUGGGGGCCGUGCUGCACGGCACAGUCUUGCGACACGUGGCCAAUNGAGGAGCCUCAACUAGAGAAACCAAGGUGUCAUCAGUGGGAUAGUCAGCCGCGCGCGCGCAGCUGCUCACCCUGACUUUCUGUCCCCGCCAGCACUGGGCCCUGCUGGCAGUAGCUUUGGUGAACUUGCUCUUGUCUGCCGCCUGCUCCCUGGGCCUCCUCCUUGCUGUGUCACUCACUGUGGCCAACGGUGGCCGCCGCCUUAUUGCUGACUGCCAUCCAGGACUGCUAGAUCCUUUACUACCGCUGGACCAGGGGCCUGGACGGGUUGACUGCCCGUUUGACCCCACAAGAAUCUAUGAUACAGCCUUGGCUCUCUGGAUCCCUUCCUUGCUCAUGUCUGCAGCGGAGGCUGCUCUGUCUGGUUACUGCUGUGUGGCUGCACUCAGCCUGCGUGGGGUUGGGCCCUGCAGGAAGGAAGGGCUUCAGGAGCAGCUAGAGGAACUGACAGAGGUUGAACUUCCUAAGUGUAAAAGACAGGAAAACGAGCAGCUACUGGAUCAGAAUCAAGAAAUGCACGCAUCACAGAAAAGCUGGGCUGAGGACAGGUGCUGAUCCAGAGGCUCAGUCCACAGCGGUGACAUAAACCCCAAGAUGACAUAAACAGUUGUAAUAAAAGAAUUCCUUUCUUCUU